AUGACUCGUGACGUGAAAAACCACCUUUUGUUCGAGGUGGCCACCGAGGUUGCAAACAGAGUUGGAGGUAUUUAUUCUGUGCUUAAAUCGAAGGCACCAGUUACCGUUGCCGAGUACAAGGAGAGGUACGCAUUAAUCGGACCUCUGAAUAGGAAGUCGGCAGCAGUGGAAGUCGAGGAGCUCCCAGUGACAAAUCCUGAGCUCAAAGCUACGCUAGAUGCAAUGUAUAGCCGUGGAAUAAGAUACAUAUACGGCCGUUGGUUAAUUGAAGGAGCACCAAGAGUCAUUCUUUUCGACUUAGGCUCUGCAUCACAUUUCCUCAACGAGUGGAAGUCGGAUCUUUGGAAUGUCGCGGGGAUUCCAACCCCACCGACAGAUACAGAGACAAACGAUGCCGUUUUGCUCGGAUAUCUUGCAGCCUGGUUUAUUGGUGAGUUAUGCUGCCACGAAACCAAGAAGGCCAUCAUCUUGCAUGCCCACGAGUGGCUUGCAGGUGUCGCAAUUCCUCUUUGCCGGCAGAGGAAAAUCGACUGUGCGACAAUCUUCACUACACAUGCCACUUUGCUCGGCAGGUAUCUUUGUGCCGGCUCGGUCGACUUCUACAACAAUCUAGACAAGUUUGACGUGGAUUACGAGGCUGGAAAACGUGGAAUAUAUCACAGGUACUGCAUCGAGAGGGCGGCAGCACACUCGGCUGACGUUUUUACGACGGUUUCGCACAUCACAGCCUACGAGGCGGAAAACUUGUUGAAGAGAAAGCCGGACGGGGUUCUUCCAAAUGGCCUGAACGUGGUUAAGUUCCAGGCCGUGCAUGAGUUCCAGAACUUGCACGCGGAAAAGAAGGAGAAGAUUAACGAGUUUGUUCGCGGCCACUUCUACGGACAGCUAGACUUCUCGCUAGACAACACGCUCUACUUCUUCAUCGCCGGCCGGUACGAGUACAGAAACAAAGGUGUGGAUCUCUACAUCGAGGCACUUGCACGUUUGAACCACAAGUUGAAGGACAUCGGAUCCAAGAUGACUGUCGUGGCCUUUAUCAUCAUGCCUGCAUCCUCGCACUCAUACACUGUGGAGGCACUUCGUGGACAGGCAGUUGUCAAACAGCUGGAAUCGUCGAUUCAUGAUGUUCAGCGGUCGAUGGGCAAGCGUCUGUCCGAAUGGUGUCAGGAUCCAAGUCAUUGCUCCAGCAAGGGCCAGAUCGAGCUUCCAGACUUGGAUGACUUGCUAAGACCAGCCGACAGGGUUCUCUUGAAGCGUCGUAUGUUUGCCUUAAAGAGAGACUCACUGCCACCAAUCGUGACACACAACAUGGUGAACGAUGCCACCGAUCCAAUUCUCAACCAGAUCCGGUCCUGCCAGCUGUUCAACAAGAAGGAGGACAGGGUGAAGAUUGUGUUCCAUCCGGAAUUCCUCAGCUCUUCGAGCCCCGUGCUCCCAUUGGACUACGAUGAGUUUGUGAGAGGAUGCCAUAUGGGUGUUUUCCCAUCUUACUACGAACCCUGGGGAUACACGCCGGCUGAGUGUACCGUGAUGGGUAUUCCAUCAAUCACGACGAACCUUUCAGGCUUUGGAUGCUACAUGGAGGAUUUGAUCGAGAACCCGGUGGAUUACGGUAUCUAUAUUGUCGACAGAAGAAUGAAGUCCGUCGAUGACUCUAUCAACCAGAUGGUUGACAUGAUGUUCAGCUUCUGCCAGAAGACUAGGAGGCAGAGAAUCAACCAGAGAAACAGAGUCGAGCGGUUGAGCGAUCUCUUGGACUGGAGGAGAAUGGGUUUGGAGUACGUCAAGGCCCGUACUUUGGCUCUGAAAAGAGCAUAUCCUGGAAUGUUCUCCAAGGAGAGUAAUCCGUUCGAGAAUAAUGACUUGAAAGUUGCCAGGCCUUUGAGCGUUCCUGGUUCUCCAAAGGAUAGGUUGAGUAACGGUGCUAUGACUCCAGGAGACCUUGGAACACUUCAGGAGUCCAAUGAUGCCAGUUACCUCUCAUGGUUGAACAGAGAUGAUGAUGAGGAUGUCACUUUGAGAGGUGCCAGUGUCAGCGCCUCGCCUCGUAGAAACAGUGCCAUCUCCUCGCCGAAAUAG